UUAAAGAAUUCAAUCCAUGUACUGAAAUAAUGGAAAUCUGCAGGAACCAUGGAACAGCCAGAGAAGAGGAACCACCGAGUUGUGUCGAAGAUUUGACACUUCGUCCGUUUUAGAGGCAGUUUGAUUAUGACGGAGUACUGCUAUGGUUUUAGAAGAAAGGAGGGUCGGGUAGCUAAUUGUUUUAUUUAGCUAGCAGGCUAGCGUUGGAGCUCUGGUAUGUUAGCUUGUAUGCUAGCAGGCUAGCACAGAUCAGGGGGAGGGGAGAGUUCCUCUGCUUUGAAAUUGUUUCAGAUCAGCUAGCUGACGUUAGCAUUAGCACACCAGGGACUAACAUUUUAAGAUGAAGUUUGUUUUUAGUUCUCGAGUUGGCAUUUCUUAUCGCUUUUAACUUUUCCGACGUUGUAUUCAGCGAUAGCCUGUCCAUGUUGUGUUAAUGCGGACUGUUUGAUGUUAUAGAUACUGGGGUCGCAAGCUUGUGGCUAACCAAAUCAGACAAUACAUUUCAAAUAGGAUUGAUGAAUCGAAUAGCUAUAAGCCUACAGUUGACGCUAUCUGGCUGCCUGUCUAACAUUAGCUUAGCUUCGAGGUUAGCAGUGGCUAGCGCCGGUUAGAAGUUGCCCGACUAGCUCAAGCUAGCAAGCUGCGCUUUAACUGCAUAUUUACAACCGAGCAUCGCUGCGCCGGCGAUAGAUCGGCUCUUGCCCCUGGGGUGAUUGAGACAAUGGACUUUAACGUUACGACUGCGCAGUGAAAAGGAUGAGUUCGUGCUUUGUACCAAACGGGGCCAGUUUGGAGGACUGCCACUCCAACAUCUUCUGCUUGGCGGAUUUGACUGGAAUAAAGUGGCGACGGUUUGUGUGGCAAGGACCCACCUCCUCGCCCAUCCUUUUCCCGUUUACUGAGGAGGACCCAAUUUUGUACAGUUUUAGCCGAUGCUUGGCAGCCGACGUGCUGAGCGUUUGGAGGAGACACCACACCCAGGGUCGGAGGGAGCUCUGGCUCUUCUGGUGGGGGGAUGACCCCAGUUUCGCAGAGCUCAUCCACAAUGAGCUCUCGAGUGAGGAGGAUGGUGAGUGGGAGAGUGGCCUGUCCUAUGAGUGUCGAACACUCCUAUUCAAAGCCAUUCACAACCUGCUGGAGCGCUGUCUCAUGAACCGGGGCUUCGUUCGGAUCGGCAAGUGGUUUGUCAAGCCAUAUCAGAAGGAGGAGAAAAUCAUCAAUAAAAGCGAGCACCUGUCCUGCGCGUUCACCUUCUUCGUCCACGGCGAUAGCAACGUGUGCACCAGCGUGGAGAUCGCUCAACACCAGCCCCUCCAGAGACUGGGCGAGGAGCACCUCAGUCUCGCCCAGCAGAGCUCCAACCCUUUGCAAGUUAUCCUCAGUCCGUACGGCUUGAACGGGACCCUCACCGGCCAGGCUUUCAAGAUGUCCGACCACCCUACUCAGAAGCUCAUCGAGGAGUGGAGGCAGUUUUAUCCCAUUGGUCCCAACCCUAAGGAGGUCCAUGAAGAUAAGAUGGAAGACACUGAUUGGGAGGAUGACUCCCUUGCAGCUGUGGAGGUCCUUGUCGCUGGAGUGCGGAUGGUUUAUCCUUCCUGCCUGGUGCUCCUCCCCCUGCUGGAUCUCCCCACCGUGGUAUCUCAGGGCUCGAGCAACACUCCAGGAAGCCAGUGUGCCGCUCAGCAAGGCCAGGCCGCGCACAAAGACCCUGCCAUGUCCUCCGUCACCCUGACUCCUCCCACGUCGCCGGAGGAGGCUCACACGGAUUAUCGGCCCGCCCAGAGGUGGCUCAAGUUGUCGUCUGCAUCCGAUUGCUACAACUCUAAUAACAGUCUUCACGGGGGGAAAAUCCCUCGUGGGCUCGCCAGCCAGAUGGUGGAGUCGGUGUGGCAGGAGUACAACACAAACCGCACAGGGAGCAAGAGAAAGUUUACAACUUUGACAAACGGGGCCGUUGAAGAGGAACCAGAUAAAACGGCAGUCUGGAAUUUUGUGGAACCAGCACACAGACCGCCAUGUAACUGCUCAAGACAUAAGAAUCUGAAGCAGCGAUGCAGCAGCACCUCAGGACACCCGUCUUCGUCUGGCCAGCCCGCUCAGCCGGCCGCCAAGCACAAGCUGAGCGAGAAGAUGGAGAAGGGGGAGAAGCAGCAGCGGAGGCCGCAGACCCCCUUCCACCACCGCAACUCCGUCAGCGAGGAGCUGUCCAUGGAGCCGCAGACGCCGCGGCUGUGCUCCCGGCCGCAGGAGGAGAGCUCCUACCCCAGCCUGCACCACGUGGACACGGUGCCCAAAGCCCCCAUGCUCCACGCGCACGGCCUUCUCACCGACCUGGGCUCGCCGCCCCCGCCUCCCCUCAGCCCCCACCCCUGCGAUCACGCAGAAAGCGACAUGACCCCGGGCGGCAUGAAAACCUGCUCCACCCCCAUCCACCAGCCGUUCUACCCGCCGUCCGUGGAGCCCUGCCUGGUGCCGCAGAAAGGCUCGUCCGGGGAGUCUCCUUUAGAGAGCAUGCCCAUGCCUUUGCCCUUCCCCCCCGCCUACAGCGAAUCCAUGGAGCCCACUGUGUUUGUGGGCUCGGCUAUAAACCCCACGGAAGACUCUUCUCACAACCCCUGGAGAUACUUCAACCUGCCGAGGAGGAAGGACUCCAACUUCGUGACGCCCCAGCUACCGGUGGAUAAAAUCCGCGAGGACAACAGGGGGGGAACUGAAACCCCGGCCUCCGCCACAGAAACUAUGUGCGACUCAUCGCAACCCCUGAAGGUGUCCCAAGAGCUGGUGAGGACCUACGCCCAGCGGAGAAACAGCCAUCUCGUCUCCAUCGGGGGGGACGAAGAGCACGGCGAGGAGCCCGACCCGUACGCCUUUGUGGAGGGAGACGAGGAGUUCAGCUUUAUCGAGAAGAGAGACAAGGCCGCCGCUGAGAAAGAAGGCGGCAAGAAACACAAGUUGGAUGAAGGAGCUGGAACUGGAACAGACGACGGUCAGGGUCCGUCAGGCAGCAAACCGUUAUCCUCCACCAGCCUCAUCCACGAGAACGACCUGGCCGUGUCCUACAGUGACCUGGACAAAAUUUUCAACUCAGAUGAAGAUGAACUAGCACCGGGAUCAAAAAGAGCGGGAAUUGCUACGGAGGGAAAGUUUGGGAGCAAAGAGACCAAGCCAGCCUCAAUCGAUCAACUGUCGGGUUUAAGUUCAGUAGACCUGCACGUGAUGUUUCCCACCCCUCCCUCUGCGGAGAACCAGGGCUACUCCCCCAUGAACUCCGGGAGUAAAGACACUCUGGAAACGGGGACGGGGCUCACCCUGCUGGACGGCAGCCAGCUCAACAGCCACUUUAAGAUGGAGGUGGAGGAGGGUUUCUGCAGCCCCAAACCGUCGGAAAUAAAGGAUUUCUCCUUUGUGUACAAGCCAGAGACGUGUCAGUCAUUCAUCGGCUGCUCCAUGUACGCUCCCCUCAAGACGCUACCCAGCCGUUGUCUUUUGCCCGUCAAACUGCCAGGGGAUUGUGUGUACACGCCCAGCUGGACCAUGGGAAAAUUGGACCUGAUGCCCCAAGUAUCAAACGUGAACCUCCUCAUCAAAGACGGGAAUCUCCCGAGUGUGGAGCCAGACUACAGCCAGACCUACACCCCCCAAACCCACACGCCCUUCCUGCCUGGCAGCGCCCCGCCCAGCAACAGCGGCACCGGCAUCUUGCCCUCUCCAGCCACCCCGCGUUUCUCCGUGCCCACACCGCGCACCCCACGCACUCCUCGCACCCCCCGUGGCCCGUCCAGCGUCCAGGGCUCCCUCAAGUACGACAACUCUGACCUGUAUUCGCCAGCGUCCACCCCCUCCACCUGCCGGCCCCUCAGCUCCGUGGAGCCAGCCACCGUGCCCUCCAUCCCGGAGGCCCACAGUCUCUACGUCACCCUCAUCCUCUCCGAGUCGGUCAUGAACCUUUUCAAGGACUGCAACUUCGACAGCUGCUGCGUGUGCGUCUGCAAUAUGAACAUUCGCGGCGCCGACGUGGGCGUGUACCUGAAGGACAACGGCGACGCCCAGUACACGUGCACCUGCGGCUUCAGCGCCGUCACCAACCGGCGCUUCGGCCAAUCGGCCGGCCUGUUCCUGGAAGACGAGCUGGACGUGGUGGGACGCGGCUCGGACGCCGGCCGGGACACGGAGCGCUGUUUCGAGGAGCUCAGGCUUUCUGCAUCACACAAGGGGGGCGGUCCGAGGGAAAAGUAUCCAGACGAGCUCAUCCUGCUGCUGCAGGAUCAAUGCACUAACCCGUUGGCCCGCAUGGCCGGCGUGGAGAGCUCCAAGCCGAGGUCCGCCCUGAGUUCAUUCCUGCGAGUGGAGGAGCGAGACUGUUAUAACGACUGCUACAUGGCUCUGGAGCACGGCAGGCAGUUCAUGGACAACAUGUCCGGAGGCAAAGUAGACGAAACACUAGUGAAAAGCACCUGUCUCCACCAGUGGCCAAAAUCCAAAUCAGCCGACAUAAGCAAGCUGUUCUCUCAGGAAGUGCUGCGGGUACUGCUGUCCCUCCAGCCGGUCCUACAGGACACCAUUCAGAAGAAGAGGAGCGUGCGCUCCUGGGGCGUUCAGGGACCUCUCACCUGGCAGCAGUUCCACAAAAUGGCCGGAAGGGGGUCGUAUGGCACAGAUGAGUCUCCGGAGCCUUUGCCCAUUCCCACCUUUUUGGUCGGCUACGAGCACGACUUCGUGGUGCUGUCUCCUUUUGCGCUGCCAUACUGGGAAAAGCUUCUGCUGGAUCCAUACGGCUCCCAAAGGGAUGUGGGAUACGUCGUCAUCUGCCCAGACGUCGAGGCUUUGCUUCGCGGCGCCAGGAGCUUUUUUAAAGAUCUGAGUGCGAUGUAUGAGGCGUGCCAGCUGGGCCAGCACAGGCCCAUCUCUAAGAGCCACCCAGAGGGCAUCGUGACGGUCGGCUCCACAGAAGGCGCUAAUGCGGCUGAACAGCCGCUCAGUGACUGGUUUCUCAAUCUGGCUGCCAGAGAAGGAAACAAUGAGGCCUUGAACAGGCUAAAGCUCUUCGCUCAAGUGUUUCGCCAUGAUCUAGCUCCCUAUUUGUCAGAGCAGUCAUUGGACAGCUCUCUGUUGUCCCAGCGCAAUAGCACCCCAGCUUCCUCCUCCUCCUCCUCCUCCUCCUCCUCGCAGACUUCCAACACCUCCUCAGGACUCCAGAGCACCAACACUACCAGCACCGGCUCUGCCCAGCCUUCCCAGGUCAACAGCACCGCCCCUUCCUCCGCCCCCUUAGGGUCUCAGACCAUCGGUGCCAUGGCCUCCUCCAAGCCAAGCGUGUAUUCGCCGUUCGGGUCAGCGGGCGCUCAGGGCAACGCAACUCAGAACGGACCACAAAUGAACUCGCAGGGGGGAGCGGGCCCGACGGAAAACGGGGCCAGCCAACCUCAAGGGUCCACAGAGACACCGGAAAGCACAAUGGAGAGAGACAAGGUGGGGAAGCCGACAGACGGGGACUCCCACGCCGUGUCCUACCCGCCCGCCAUCGUCGUCUACAUCGUCGACCCCUUCAGCUACGAGGACGCAGACCGAGAGAUCCACUCCAGCACCUUCACGCUCGGCCUGCUGCGCUGCUACAUGGAGAUGCUGCCGUUCCUGCCGGCUCACAUCAGGAACGUCGUCUCGGUGCAGAUCGUCCCGUGCCAGUAUCUGCUGCAGCCGGUGCACAGCGGCGAGCGCCACCUCUACAGCCAGCACCUGAAAUCGCUGGCCUUCUCCGUAUACACUCAGUGCCGCCGGCCUUUACCAACCUCCACCAACUUCAAAACGCUAACGGGCUUCGGGCCGGGGCUGGCCAUCGACAUGGCGCUGAAGAACCCAGAGCGGCCGGAGUGCCUGCGCCUCUACACGCCGCCCUUCAUCCUGGCUCCGGUGAAAGACAAACAGACCGAGCUCGGCGAGACAUUUGGCGAGGCGUCGCAGAAGUACAACGUCCUGUUUGUAGGCUACUGCCUGUCCCACGACCAGCGCUACCUGCUGGCCUCCUGCACUGACCAACACGGAGAGCUGCUGGAGACCUGUAUCAUUAGCAUCGAUGUACCAAACAGAGCUCGCAGGAAAAAGGGCUCCGCCAGACGGGUGGGGCUGCAGAAGCUGUGGGAGUGGUGCGUCGGCCUGGUUCAGCUGACAUCGCUGCCGUGGAGGGUAGUGAUUGGACGACUAGGCAGGAUGGGGCACGGCGAGCUAAGAGACUGGAGUAUUCUGCUGAGCAGGAGGAACUUGCAGUCCCUCAGCAAGCGUCUGAAGGAGAUGUGCAAGAUGUGUGGCAUCUCUGCCGCCGACACUCCCAGCAUCCUUAGCGCCUGUUUGGUUGCCAUGGAACCACAGGGCUCCUUCGUCAUCAUGCCAGACUCCGUGUCCACGGGUUCGGUGUUCGGCCGCAGCACCACUCUCAACAUGCAAACGUCGCAGCUGAGCACGCCACAGGACACGUCCUGCACGCACAUCCUGGUGUUCCCCACCUCCGCCAUGGUGCAGGUCAACACCAACACAGCCGAGCCCAUCGACAUCAACUUCAACCCCAUCAAUCCUGACGGAUCAGACGGAAUGGGCUUUCUUGACCUUUUUGGGAACGACAUGGACCAUGACAUGGACCCGGACCUCAUCAACAUCCUGCCCAACUCCCCAACCACCUCCCCCGUUCACUCUCCUAGUGGGCACUACCAUCAGGGAGGAGAUGGAGGGAAGGGCCCGAGCGCCGAUCGAAUGGAGUCCCACGAGGAAGCGCUCAACAUCCUGCAGCAGCCGAUGGCUUUGGGCUACUUCAUCUCCACAGCCAAAGCCGGACCACUGCCCGACUGGUUCUGGUCGGCCUGCCCUGAGGCCCAGAACCAGUGUCCACUCUUCCUGAAGGCCUCCCUCCACCUGCACGUGUCUUCUGUCCAAUCAGACGAGUUUCUGCACAGUAAACACUCCCACCCACUUGACUCUAAUCAUACCUCUGAUGUGCUCAGAUUUGUUCUAGAGCAAUACAACGCCCUCUCCUGGCUGACGUGCGACCCUGCGACCCAGGACCGGCGCUCCUGUCUGCCUGUUCACUUUGUGGUGCUCACACAGAUGUAUAACUUUAUUAUAAACAUGAUUUGAACUCUUUUGACGGCGAACGAACUGCUGGAGGAAAAAAAAGAAUCACUGAAACUAAGGAUUUUUUGAUUUUUUUGAAGAAUCACAGACACUUAAAAAGGACCUCAAACUCCCAUCAGGGCAGCUUCGGAUCAGGACGCCGUCCUCUUCCAGCCCCACACACACACACUCUUCCCGGUGCGUCUCGCAGAAUCCCGGAAAAGUCCCAUCCGAUCUGAUGCCAAGAAUCCAUUUUAGCAUUUUGGGUGAUCAAGGGACGUUUCGUAAAAAGGAGAAUUAAAAAUGUCUUUUUAACGACUGUAGAUUGCAAUCUAUGAAAUUUUAUCUUAAUGAAAUGCCUGCAUAUAUUAUUUAUUGUAAGUUUUUAAAUGUGGAAUUUUUUUUUCAAAGGGGGUACAAACCUUUCUAUUGCCAUGCUGUAAAGAUGAAGUAAAAAGCUGGCCUGGGCAUUUGUGUCCCACCCAACGAGUGGAUGAGACUUACCUCUCUGUCUGCUUCGAGUCUCCCGCACAGUCACUCAAAGAGCUCUGAAGAGGAAUUAAAGGUACAAUGUCAGAUUAUAUAUUUUAUAUAACAGAUUUAGGUAAUUGUGCGUGUAUAUGUGUACAUAUACUUGUGUGCCGCUACUGAUGGUGCAGCUUCUGUUUUAGGAAUAAAGUGCGUCUACCUUA